AGAACGUCACGCUUGCGGCGUUACUUGGCUACCUACCUGGCAGGUAUUCGUUUAAAAAUAAACAUAUUAAACAGAAACGGAGAGGAGUAGGCUAUACUAGAUGUGUUUUCUUUCUUGGGAUAGAGCUAAAGGAGUUUAAAACACCUUUAGGACCAUUUGUGUUCCCAGACAUGUCUAGGCCUAAUUCAAGUGGAAGUGGAUGCAGUCACACUGGAAUGAGUGUUCAUAUUCCACAAGAGUUGCCAGACUUUUUGCUGCAGUUCACCAAAGAUGCCAUCAGAGCUCAGCCAGAGGAUAUUAUUGAGUAUUCCACUGCGUACUUCACAGCAAUGGUGAAAGGACAGCCUUUUUCAGUGAAGCCAAAUCCUGAAACCAAACUGGAACUGACAAAUGAGAUAUUGGGAAUUCUACAUUCCCAGUUAUCUGAAAGGGAGACCGUUAGAAAGUUGGAGAUUGGGCUCAUAUGGAAAAGUUUGAAUAUGCCAGAGAAUACCUUGAACCACAUCCUUUCAAUGGGAAAGUUUGGUGAAGAAAUUGAAUGGAAUAAAUUUGUUGCUUCAUGCUGCAGUUAUCUUGGAAAGAAUGUCAAAGAUGCCUUGACUCAGGCCUGCUACAUAAUGAACUGCGAUUCCAACUGUAAGCCUCCAGAUGCAUGUGUGUCCUUUGAAACCUUCCGGUUUCUCUACACCUACCUGGCAGUUGGGAAUGAGAACAUCUCACAGUCGCAGAUUGACAGAGUUCUCAGCUAUCUGCAAAAGAGAGCGAUCUCGAACAACGGUGUGGUAAAAGUAUCAGACUUCAUCAACAAUCGCAAAUUGCGUCUGGAUCCAACUAACUGAUUCAUCUUUACAGGCUGUCAAUCAGGUCUCAUUGUAGUGGAAAUAAAUAUGAUUAUAUUUAA